ACGAAAAUACGAAGCCUCCACCCAGUAAAAAUUGAAAAACAGAAGCAGAGAAACUUGAGACUCUGAUAGAGUCCGACCGGCGACUCUGCGAAUUCUCGGGUCGGCGGAUCCAACUCUCAACUCUAACACUAUGGAAGAAGCCUCCCUUAGCAAUAAGGAUAUGCUUGAUGGUGAAUGCAAUGAGAUUCAAAAAGAAGAAGAUGGUGUAAUGACAGAAUUAGAUUAUCAAAAUGGCCUCUCUGAAGGAAGGAAGGAAUUCGUUGCACCUGCUGUUGGAAUGGAGUUCGAGUCAUAUGAUGAUGCUUACAAUUAUUAUAAUUGCUAUGCCAAGGAAGUGGGGUUUCGUGUUAGAGUGAAGAAUUCAUGGUUCAAGCGUAAUAGCAGAGAGAAGUAUGGUGCUGUACUUUGUUGCAGCAGUCAGGGUUUCAAAAGAAUCAAAGAUGUAAAUCGAUUAAGGAAGGAAACAAGAACUGGUUGCCCUGCAAUGAUAAGAAUGAGGUUAGUUGACUCCAAAAGGUGGAGGGUACUCGAAGUUUCACUUGAACACAACCAUUUGUUAGGGACUAAGAUCUACAAAUCAAUUAAGAAGAUGGGUGGUGGAAUUAAAAGGAAGUCAGAGUCGAAUUGCGAUGCAGAAGUACGAACAAUCAAGUUGUACCGAGCACUUGUGAUUGAUGCAGGGGGGAAUGGGGGCUCAAAUGCUAAUGCAAGAGAAGUAGGGAAUUUUACUGAUCAUCCCAGUCAGCUUAAUCUGAAAAAGGGUGACACACAAGCCAUUUAUAACUAUCUCUGCCGUAUGCAAUUGGCUAAUCCAAACUUCUUUUACUUGAUGGAUCUCAAUGGUGAAGGGUGUUUGAGGAAUGUGUUCUGGGUUGAUGGUAGGUCUAGGGCUGCAUGUGGUUAUUUUGGUGAUGUUAUUUAUUUUGACAAUACAUAUUUGUCAAACAAAUAUGAGAUUCCUCUUGUGGCAUUUGUUGGAAUUAAUCACCAUGGCCAAUCGGUGUUGCUCGGUUGUGGCCUGCUUGCAGGGGAGAUGACAGAAUCUUAUAUUUGGUUGUUCAAAGCUUGGCUUACAUGUAUGUCAGGACGCCCUCCACAAACUAUCAUUACCGAUAGGUGCAAGGUUCUGCAGAGCACAGUUGCAGAGGUGUUUCCAAGAUCUCAUCAUUGUUUUGGUUUGUCACACAUUAUGAAAAGAGUUCCAGAAAAACUUGGAGGAUUACGUAACUAUGAUGCAAUCAGGAAAUCAAUGGUUAAAGCAGUUUAUGAAACUUUGAAGGUUAUCGAAUUUGAAGCUGCAUGGGGAUUUAUGAUCCAGCGUUUUGGAGUUGGUGAUCAUGAGUGGCUUCGAUCUUUGUAUGAAGAUCGAGUUAGGUGGGCACCCAUUUAUCUGAAAGACACAUUUUUUGCCGGAAUGUCUGCUGCACGUCCAGGUGAGACCCUGAAUCCCUUUUUCGAUAGAUACGUGCAUAAACAGACUCCUUUGAAAGAAUUUCUCGAUAAGUAUGAAUUAGCUCUUCAUAAGAAGCACAAAGAAGAAGUCCUUGCAGAUAUUGAGUCAAGAAGCUCAAGCCCCACACUGAAAACACGAUGUUCUUUUGAGUUGCAGCUCUCAAAAGUGUACACAAGAGAAAUAUUCAAGAAGUUCCAAUAUGAAGUGGAAGAGAUGUAUUCUUGUUUUAGCACAACACAGUUACACGUUGAUGGGCCAAUCAUAAUAUUCUUGGUCAAGGAGCGUGUUUUGGGUGAGGGAAACAGGAGGGAGAUCAGGGAUUAUGAAGUUCUGUACAACAGAACAGCAGGCGAGGUUCGUUGUAUUUGUAGUUGCUUUGGCUUUUAUGGGUACCUGUGCCGGCAUGCGUUGUGCGUGCUUAAUUUCAAUGGGGUGGAGGAGGUCCCUCCUAAAUACAUUCUGUCACGAUGGAAAAAGGAUUACAAGCGGUUAUAUAUUCCAGAUCUUGGCUCUGGCAAUGCUACUGACCGUGUGCAAUGGUUUAAUCAAUUAUACAGGAGUGCCUUGCAAGUUGUGGACGAGGGGGUGAUCUCUCUAGAUCAUUACAAGGUGGCAUUGCAAGCUUUUGAGGAAUCAUUGAAUAGGGUUCAUGAUGUAGAAGGCAGGCAGGCAUUGCAAGCUUUUGAGGAGUCAUUGAAUUUGGUUCAUGAUGUAGAAAGAGUCAAAAGCAAUAUGGAUGAAGUUUCUCUCAACAGUGAGCCAGUUGGUGAUGAUGAUGCUGAUGAAUUUGAGAUAGAAGGAGACUGGACAAUGAUGGAAUAUGUUGGUCAAAAUGGCAUAAUUCAAGGAGAGAAUCCUCUUCCUCCUGCUGUUGGAAUGGAGUUUGAGUCUUAUGAGGAUGUAUAUUACUUUUACAAUUGUUAUGCCAAGGAACAGGGAUUUGGGGUUAGAGUAAGCAAUACGUGGUAUAGAAAGAGUAAGGAAAGAUACAGAGGAAAACUUAGCUGCAGCAGUGCAGGUUUUAAAAAGAAAAGUGAAGCAAACCGUCCAAGGCCAGAAACAAGAACUGGUUGUCCAGCAAUGAUAAAAUUCAGAUUGAUGGACUCCAAAAGGUGGAGAAUUAUUGAAGUCGAGGUUGAGCACAACCACUUGAUUAGCUCUAAAAGUGGAAAAUUUUAUAAAUCUCAUAAGCACCUGGGUCUUGGAACCAAACGAACAUUGCAGUUAGAUGGCACUGAAGAAGUACAAAAAGUUAGGCUGUUUCGGACAGUGGUUAUUGAUGCUGAGGAUAAUGGAACUGUAGAUGUUGAUGAAAGAGAAUUUGGGAAUAAUGUUGACUACUGCAAUCAAUUGAAGCUUAAAGAAGGAGAUGCUCAAGCAUUUCUUAAGUACUUCUGCUGCUCACAAUUGAUGGAUCCAAACUUCUUCUAUGUGGUAGAUCUCAAUGAGAAGGGAUGCUUGAGGAAUUUGUUUUGGACAGAUGGAAGGGCCAGGGUUGCGUAUGGCUAUUUUGGUGAUGUAGUUACAAUUGACACUACAUGUUUGACAAAUAAAUAUGAAGUUCCCCUGGUUUCUUUUGUUGGAGUGAAUCACCAUGGACAAUCCGUGCUGUUGGGUUGUGGUUUACUUGCUGGUGAGACUACUGAAUCAUAUACAUGGUUGUUUAGGGCAUGGCUUACGGGUAUGUUAGGACGCCCUCCACAAGCUAUUAUUACUGACCAAUGUACAGCCUUACAAACUGCUGUUGCUGAUGUUUUCCCAAGAGCUUCCCACUGUCUUUGCUUAUCAAAUAUCAUGCAGAAAGUUCCAGAGAAACUGGGAGGAUUUUUUGAAUACGAAGCAAUUAAAGCAGCAUUGAGUAGAGCAGUUUAUUACUCGCUGAGGUCUGAGGAAUUCGAAGCAGCUUGGGAGGAUAUGAUGCAGCAUCAUGGACUUAGGGAACACAAAUGGCUUCAAGCAUUAUAUGAAGAUAGGAAACGGUGCAUUCCAGUUUAUUUGAAGGAGAUAUUCUUGGCUGGAAUGUUUCCCACCCAACCAAGCGACGUUGUAUCUUCAUUCUUUGAAGGAUAUCUUGACAAACAAACUCAUUUGAGAGAAUUUUUAGACAAGUAUGAUCAGGCUCUGCAGACAAAGUGUCAGCUUGAAGCCUUGGCAGAUUUGGAUUCAAGAAACUCAAGCUAUAUGCUAAAAUCAAGAAGUUAUUUUGAACUGCAGCUCUCAAAAUUGUACACGAAUGACAUACUAAGGAUGUUCGUGAGAGAGGUGGAGGGAAUGUACUCUUGUUUUAGCACCAGACAAUUAAAUGGUGAUGGGCCAAUCUUCACGUACAUUGUAAAGGAACAAGUUGAAGUGGAGGGAAACAGGAGGGAAACAAGGGAUUACGAGGUCGUUUAUAACGCACCUGAAAUGGAGAUCCUUUGCGUUUGUGGGUUAUUCAACUUCAAAGGUUAUUUAUGCAGGCAUGCACUGUCUCUCCUCAACCAAAAUGGCAUGGAGGAGAUACCGCCUCAGUACAUUCUUUCGCGGUGGAGAAAGGAUAUUACGCGCAGUUAUGUUGUUGAUCACAGCUCCAACGGCAUUGACGCUAAUAACCCAGUUCAUAGGUAUGAUCAUCUCUACAAAUGCGUGGUGCAGGUUGUGGAGGAAGGGAGGAAAUCACAAGACCGUUACAAGUUUGCAGUGCAAGCGUUGGAUGAGAUAUUAAACAAGCUUCAUCUUGUAGAGGAUCAGCCGGUGUAGUUUAUGUAACUUUGAAGAAAGUAUGUAUAUAUUAAUCUAGUUUAUUAUUCACAA